ACGCUGCAUCCAAGGCCCAGCGCGGAGGAGCCGCCGCUGUGAGCCGCGCCGUCCUGGCCCCCGCCGCCGCCGCCCGAGGAGAAGGUGAGGGCAGGCGAGAGAACCGGGGGAGUUGCGGAGUCGGUCUGUCCGCCGGCGGUGCUGCCCCGCGGGGAAAGAGGCCGCAGCCUGAGGUCUGCUCCAAGAAAAAAACAUGGCUGCAAAGGAGAAACUGGAGGCAGUGUUAAAUGUGGCCCUGCGGGUGCCAAGCAUCAUGCUGUUGGAUGUCCUGUACAGAUGGGAUGUCAGCUCCUUCUUCCAGCAGAUCCAGAGGAGUAGCCUCAAUAACAAUCCUCUUUUCCAGUAUAAGUAUUUGGCUCUUAAUAUGCAUUAUGUAGGUUAUAUCUUAAGUGUUGUGCUACUAACCUUGCCCAGGCAGCAUCUGGUUCAGCUUUACCUAUAUGUUUUGACUGUCCUGCUCCUCUAUGCUGGACAUCAAAUCUCCAGCGACUACAUUAGGAGUGAACUGGAGCCCGCCUAUGAAGGACCAAUGUAUUUAGAACCUCUCUCCAUGAAUCGGUUUACCACAGCCUUAAUAGGUCAGUUGGUGGUGUGUACGUUAUGCUCCUGUGUCAUGAAAACGAAGCAGAUUUGGCUCUUUUCAGCUCACAUGCUUCCUCUCCUAGCACGCCUCUGCCUUGUUCUUCUGGAGACAAUUGUUAUCAUCAACAAAUUUGCUAUGAUUUUUACUGGAUUGGAAGUUCUUUAUUUUCUUGGGUCUAACCUUCUAGUAUCUUAUAACCUUGCCAAGUCUGCAUACAGAGAGUUGGUUCAGGUAUUGCAGGUCUAUGGCCUUCUAGCCUUGGGGAUGUCCCUGUGGAAUCAGCUGGUAGUCCCUGUACUGUUCAUGGUUUUCUGGCUCGUCUUAUUUGCUCUUCAGAUUUACUCCUAUUUCAGUACUCGAGAUCAGCCUGCAUCACGAGAGAGGCUUCUUUUCCUUUUCCUCACAAGUAUUGCUGAAUGCUGCAGCACCCCUUACUCACUUUUGGGUUUGGUCUUCACGGUUUCUUUUGUUGCCUUGGGUGUUCUGACACUCUGCAAGUUUUACUUGCAGGGUUAUCGAGCUUUCAUGAAUGAUCCUGCCAUGAAUCGGGGCAUGACAGGAGUUAUGCUGUUAAUUCUGGCGGUGCAGGCUGGUCUGAUAGAGCUGCAGGUUGUUCACCAGGCAUUCCUGCUCAGUAUUAUCCUUUUCACUGUUGUAGCUUCUAUCCUGCAGUCUGUGUUAGAGAUUGCAGAUCCUAUUGUUUUGGCGCUGGGAGCAUCUAGAGACAAGAGUUUAUGGAAACACUUCCGUGCCGUGAGCCUUUGUUUAUUUUUACUGGUGUUCCCUGCUUAUAUGGCUUAUAUGAUUUGCCAGUUUUUCCACAUGGAUGUUUGGCUUCUUAUCAUUAUUUCUAGCAGCAUUCUCACCUCUCUUCAGGUUCUAGGAACACUUUUUAUUUAUGUCUUAUUUAUGGUUGAGGAAUUCAGAAAAGAGCCAGUAGAAAACAUGGAUGAUGUCAUCUACUACGUGAACGGCACUUACCGCCUGCUGGAGUUUCUCGUGGCCCUCUGUGUGGUGGCCUAUGGCGUCUCCGAGACCAUCUUUGGAGAAUGGACAGUAAUGGGCUCAAUGAUCAUCUUCAUCCAUUCCUACUAUAAUGUGUGGCUUCGGGGACACCUGGGGUGGAGGAGCUUCCUUCUCCGAAGGGACGCUGUGAAUAAGAUUAAAUCAUUACCCAUUGCUACGAAAGAGCAGCUUGAGAAACACAAUGAUAUUAGUGCCAUCUGUUAUCAGGACAUGAAAUCUGCUGUGAUCACACCUUGCAGUCAUUUCUUCCACGCAGGCUGUCUCAAGAAGGGGCUGUAUGUCCAGGAGACCUGCCCUCUGUGCUACUGCCACCUCAAAAACUCCUCGCAGCUGCCAGGUUUAGGAGCUGACCUGGUUCCACAGCCUCCUGCUGGAGCUGAGCAAAAUGUGCUUCAGGAAGGUACUGAACCCCCAGGCCAGGAGCGUCCUCAGGGGACCAGGGUGCAAGAAGGUUCUAGGGACAAUGACGAGUGCAUUGCCAGAAGAUCAGAUAGCCAGGAAGGGACUUGUGAUCCCAAGGAAAAUCCUCUUAGUGCAAAAGAUGCAGCACAUCCUGUUGAGGUCAGCCUAGAAGAAAAGCAGCAGGAGUAAUGCUUUGCUACUCUGGAGGAGAAGUUAACUCACGAUGGAAUUCAUGCCCAGAUGUGAGGAAUGAAUGUAUGAGGUGAUUAGGCAGGAAACUUGACAUUCCAAGGAUCUAAUCCGGGAAGUACUCUCAGUGGAGACCACCUGCUUUCAUCCCCUUGACUUUGUGGGAGAAAUUUUGCAAAGUAUGCUCAUCAAAAUGUAUUUAUAUAUCCUGUGCUGAUGUUUGGUAGAGGUUUGCCAAGAAAAUUCAACCUCAGCAACUUCAGAAACGGCCCCUGAUUUGUAAGGGAUAGAUAAAAUCAGAUUUGAGUGCCUGAAAGGGGCUAAAGAAAGGAGGAUAAAGAGUGUGAGGACACCGUGGGAGGAAGCAGGCAGAAGUGGAACUGAUAUUUCACUUUCUAUGGGACAGAACCAUUCUUGUUACAGAGUAUGAGUGGUGACCAGCCCUUUUCUCUACCCCCUUUUCCCUCAGUGAAUUGGAACUCAGUCAGGUGAUUAUUUGUACAGCACUGAAAUGAAAUCAAAGACCUAAAAUCAUUGAUUGUAUUCAAAGAU